AUGGGAGGGAUCGAUAAAGAUUUUCCAUCAUCGACAGGAGCAAUCCAUCUGUCGAACAGCCUGAACGGAAAGAAGGAAGAGGUUCCCCGCGGGAGGACGCUCACGUGGUACACGUGCGGGCCAACCGUUUACGAUCACUCCCACGUUGGGCAUGCUCGAGCUUAUGUAGCUCUUGACAUUGUCAGACGUGUCUUGUUGAGACAUGGCUACAGUAUCUUCCAGGUUAUGGGCAUGACCGACGUGGAUGAUAAGAUUAUCGCCAAGUCAAAAGCUGAGAACUUGGCCGGUGUUGAGGGCUCCAUGGCCAUAGCAAGGAGAUUCGAGCAAGCAUUCUUCAACGACAUGCAGUCCAUGAACAUCCUGCCGCCUGACGCGAUCACCCGCGUCUCCGAACACAUACCUGAGAUCGUAAAGUUUAUCCGUGACCUUCGAGAGAAAGGAUAUGCAUACGUGGGGGAGAAGAGUGGCACCGUCUGGUUCGAUACGACAGCAUAUGGUUCCAAGUAUGCCGUGUUUGAACCGCUUCGAGCUCAAGAGGAUGCUUCCAAAGAGGACCAAGACUCUGAGAAGAAAAGCCCAAGAGACUUCGCGCUAUGGAAACCUGUGGCAAGCAUUUCCGAGACUGGGUGGGAAAGUGAGUUGGGACGAGGACGUCCAGGCUGGCACAUUGAAUGCUCCGCUUUUUGUCGCACGAUGUUCGGAGAAAAGCCUCCUGCUCCCUAUCUUCACUCAGGCGGGCGUGAUCUCAAGUUCCCUCAUCAUGAGAAUGAGAUUGCGCAGAGCCAGGUUUGUUCUGUCCGUCAUGUCCUGGCUUUGCUGAAUACAGAUAAAUGGGUGUUCCACUGGCUGCAUGCUGGACAGCUGACUAUCAAGGGGUUGAAAAUGUCGAAGUCAUUGAAGAACUAUACAAGCAUACAAGAUUUCUUGAAAGCACAUUCCUCUCGGACGUUUAGGAUAUUUUGUUUGUUGCACAAGUGACUGUGACCUUGUCUGGUGUUUUCUAAUCUGACUUCAAGACCAGGUACUCAGCAGAUGUGUCUUAUGGAGAAGACCGUAUGGAGGAUUCCAUAGCAUGGGAAAAAUCGUUUGCAAACUUUUUCAGAGAGCUUGGACCGCUCGCAGAGAAGAGAUAUCCGCACCAAGUAUCCAGUGGAAUGUUGGAUGACUUGAAGUGGGAGGCCAAACAUCAUGCUCUAAACCAGGCAUACCUUCAGUGCCAGAUAGAAAUUCGGGCAGCGCUGGAAGACGACGUGGACACUCCUACUGCCAUGCGACAUUUGAAGUAAGUUGUAACGCUCCUCUCAGAGGCUCUUGUAAAGUUGCAGCUAGAAAUCUCAUCCGGGACGUGAAUGUUUUCCUCCGUGAUGAGAAGGACAUCCAAUCAAAAUCGAACCUGUGGCCGUUGCUUUCGAACAUCAGCCAUUUCAUUCAGGUACAGACCGCGCUAUGAUCGCUGUAACUCAAACUUUUCCUGGCGUGCAGGAUUCUCUCGAGGGAUGGGGUGUCGACUGCUCAGAUUGGAUCAAAACAGGAAACACGGAAGUUGUGGCCAAUGAAGAUGCUGUCCCGGCUUUCGAUCAGGUAAACCUUCCCCCCCCCCCUCAAUUGCGAAUGCUUCUGAUUCCUCCUCUUCAGGCAAUCGAAGUCCUUCUAGCUGUCCGCAAUGAGCUUCGAAGCACUGCGAUCAAACACAAGAAGGCAAAAGUGAAGGAUGAUGGUGCAUUGGCAAACGAACUUCUGGGAAUUACGGACAAAAUUAGAGAUUCUUUGUUGCCUGGCAUGGGGGUCGAGGUCAAGGAUCGCCAAGGGCCGACAGGAGAGGUUGAUUCGUUUGAAUUCUUCAUCUAUAGUUUUGAAACUGAUCAUUUCGUCCAUCUGACAGAUGGUGCAUACGUGGACAUUCAAUCCUAGGUUGAUUUCGUCUCAAAAAGAUGGCUCGAAACCGGAUCCAUAGUGAGUAGCUGCCAUGGAAACUCGUUACAUUAUAGCGGAGAACAGUUGGGUUGAGUGAAUGUGUCGACCAAU